AUGUCUUCAUUUUUUCUUUCUUAUGAAAUUUUCCUGUCAUGUGAAGUACCAAUUUUUUCUUUGGACCAUUCCUUUUUUGGUUUGCUUAUAUAUAUUUUCUUUCUUUUCCUCUCUGUUUCUUUUUCUUACACUCUUUCUUACUUUCUUUCUAACCUUUUCUCUCUAACUUUUUUCUCACCUCUUUUCUUUUUGUCUCAUGAUCAAUACGAAUAUUACCUCUCUUUCAUAUAUACUAUUUUUCUUUCUCUUUCAUUUCUGUCUUUUUUAUCUUCAGCCAACAUCUCUUUUUCACUCUCUCACUCUCUGUCUUCUCCUCUACUACUCUUUUUCUUUAUCUUCUUUUCUUUUACACAUGCACAUUCUCACUUUCAUAUUUCUACUAUUUCUCCUCUUUCAUUUUUCUCUCUUGUUCUCGAUCUUUAUCUUCAUCCAACAUAUUUUCCAUUCUCUUUCCAUUCUCUCUCUGCCUUCUCCUCUUUUUCUUUAUUUUCUUUUACACAUGCACAUGUACAUACUCCCCUCUUUCUUUCAUUCUUUCAGAACCUCAUACACUAUUUAAUAUCCAUGCUCUCUCUCUCUCUCUCUCUCUCUCAUGAGCGAAGCAGUGUAUUUGCGACAAUGUCUGAGACUACAACGAAAGCCGUAGCGCCAACACGACAACCCUCUAGGAGAACUCCUGGCAGGCUUUAUGCAAAAGCUGUGUUCACUGGAUAUAAGCGAGGUCUCAGAAACCAAUAUGAGCAUACUGCUCUUUUGAAAAUUGAUGGCGUUUUAACAAGAAAAGAGACAGAUUUCUAUCUUGGCAAGAAAUGUGCCUAUGUCUAUAAAGCCAAAAGAAAGACCAAUGUUCCUGGCACAAAAGAUACCAGCCAUAUCCGAAUUAUUUGGGGUAAAGUAACUCGUCCCCAUGGAAACAGUGGAGCUGUACGUGCUAAGUUCAGAAAGAACUUGCCUGCGAGGGCCAUUGGCAGACGUAUCAGAGUUAUGCUGUAUCCUUCAAGAAUAUAA